AUGCCGCCUCGACGGGCACCAGUGGCCCUGAAUGUGCCCAUCAUCUCCUCAAAGGACUUCUGCUGGAUUUGUGUUUGCUUUCUUGGCACUGUUCUGGUUUUGCAGAUUUGCGUCCUGGUGAGUUUGCUCGGCCGCUUGGCCGAAGUCCGGCAUGCCGGAGAUCUCCAGACAAGUGUUAAGGUAUCCGAUGCCUUGGACAGUGCGGAGCUUAGUACGUCAGAGCCGAACAGGGAACCGUUCCCUGAGACGGCAGGUGGUGUCACCAUGGACUUCAUGGCGGUUGCUUCUGCCGUGGGCUCUGAUCAAGACGCCAUGACUCUUUUCGUCCAGUCUUAUCAGCGUGCCACGCAAUCGCAGCUGGUCCUCCUCGUGGAGCCGAUGGUUCAGGAGUCAGACUUGCAGAACAAAGGUUUGGACAUGACUCGAGUCAAGCUGGAAAGAGUGCUACCUCUUCCGGGCUUGUGGAGCACGCUCUCGCGUGAAGACACCCACCUGUUCUUCAUCCACCAGUACCUCCAGCAAAUGCCGGGCCAUGUCAAGAUCCUACAGCUCUCCGAUGUCGAUGACAUCGUCUUCCAGGCGGACCCUUUUGCUUGGGCUUCUGAGCAAGAGCCUGGGCUGCAUCUGUUCUUGGAUGAGCCUGGCGUCGUUGUGAAUUCCGGAAAGAUGUGGAAGAUCCUGGAGUUUUGCUAUGGUACGCAGGCCGUGUACCUACACGCCAAGCCACGCGUUCCGGCUGGCUAUAUGAUCGGCUCCAGUGCUGAUGUGCAGCAGUUCGUUGCAGACCUGAUGGAUGAGGUGGCUUCCAAAACCGCGUGCCACAAACCGGGCGUUGUCAACGCCUUUGCCAAUCACAUGGCACAUGCUGCGCACCCAGGCGUCAGUUUACACCUGCACGACAAUCGCAGGGGGCCUGUAUGGUCAGGUUUUCAUGUGGCGGCGAACAGUUUCGAGUCGGAUGCUGAAAAUCACGUCAUCAAUGAAGAUGGCUACCAAUAUGCAGUUUUGCGCGGCUAUCAUGCGCACGAUACGCUGUGGAGCAACAUUGGGCGAAGCUUUGAAAAGUUGAGCCCAUCACAGGACGCAGAGGUCCCUGACACUUGUGCGGCCUUUUUUGUCGAAGCUUGUGACAUGCCUGGGCAUGACUUGACACAUAGCCCCAAGGAAACUGAAGCUGGUUGCUGCGCAGCUUGCACGGCCAAUGUGGCCUGUGGAGCCUUUACCUUCUCACCUUCUCGCAAGCACUGCUGGUUGAAAAAGCCUUUCUCGAGGAAGACAACAAAUCCGGCCUCAGAUAUGCGCUGUGGAGUUCGGGCCGGCGAUGCUCUGCGUGGACUUCCUCCGACCGGUGUUGUUUGA